UGUUUCCUUUCCCCUGCAGGUGACUCGAGAUGAACCCUGAAAAUUGGACUCAGGUAACGGGGUUUGUCCUUAUGGGUUUCCCCAGUAGCCACACCCUACAGUUCCUGAUGUUCCUGGGGUUAAUGGUGAUCUAUGUUAUAACAGCCACAGGAAACCUGCUAAUUAUUGUGCUCAGCUGGAUGGACCGACGCCUGCACACACAGAUGUACUUCUUCCUGCGGAAUCUGUCUUUCCUGGAGCUGUUGCUGGUAACUGUUGUGGUUCCCAAGAUGCUUGCCAUCAUCCUCAGUGGGGAUCACACCAUCUCAUUUGCCAGCUGCCUCAUCCAGUCCUACCUCUACUUCCUCCUAGGUACCACUGACUUCUUCCUCCUAGCCGUCAUGUCUCUGGAUCGUUACCUGGCAAUCUGCCGGCCACUCCACUAUGAAACUCUGAUGAGUGGUCCUGUCUGUUCCCAACUGGUACUGGCCUCCUGGAUAGGUGGGUUCCUCUGGGUCCUUUGCCCCACCAUCCUCAUGGCCAACCUGCCUUUCUGUGGCCCCAAUGGUAUUGACCACUUCUUUUGUGACAGUUGGCCCUUGGUGGGGCUCUCUUGUGGGGACACUCGUCUGCUGGAGCUUGUGGCUUUUGUGCUCUCUACAUCAGUGUUACUGGGCUCACUGGGUCUGACUUCAAUUUCCUAUGCCUGCAUUCUUGCCACUGUUCUCAGAGCCCCCACAGCUGCCGAGAGAAGGAAAGCAUUCUCCACUUGUGCCUCACAUCUCACAGUGGUAGUCAUUGUCUACGGCAGUUCCAUCUUUCUCUACAUACGCAUGUCAGAGGCUCAGUCCAUGCUGCUCGAAAAAGGUGCCUCUGUUCUGAGCUGUAUCAUCACACCCCUCCUGAACCCAUUCAUCUUCACUCUCCGCAAUGACAAGGUGAAGCAAGCGCUGAGAGACACAAUGAGAUGGCACAGGCCCACUGCUGUGAGGAAACAAUGAGGGUCACAAGUCAAAGGGAAUGUUCCUAUCAAAUGGAAGAUUAAAUGUAUAUUGGAAAUUUUAAAAAUAUGUUAGGUCUUUAAAGGACUCAGGAAACAU